UCCAAAGCAAUCACAAACUAAGUUGGGUCCUACCAUGAAUUAUUGUUUUCUAUCUUCUCAGCAUCUUCCUUUUUGCUUCCGAAGACUGCGAAGACUUCUUUUUUCUUUUUUUGAGCUUGCAAAGUUAUUUGCUUCAAUCUAAUUGCAGCUUACAAAAAAUCUGUUUUUGCAAAUUAAUCAUUUUGCUCGAAUACUCUCUGUUGGCAGUUGUGAUAUCUGAGAGCUUCCCUUCAAUCUCAACAAAGAGGUCGAUGCCCUGAUUAUCUUUUGGAAGUUGGUUUGGUUCGUUUUUGCACGGAAAGAACAACGACAGCGAUCAAAGUGUCGGCAUAACAACUCGAGCUCAUAAGUUCAGAUUUCUGAACCUUCCCGUCAUAUCUAUUUCAACUUUGUUUUUUGAAAGACCAACUAUGGCUCUUGAACUGGUUGCUGGUGCUUUCCUCUCUGCUUCACUUGAGCUUUUGUUUUCCAAAAUGGAUUCUUGGGAGGUCGUUGAUUUCAUUCGUGGAAAGAAGAUUCGUGGAAAGAAGAUCGAAGAAGGGCUCAGGAAGUUGAAGACCAUGUUAUUGACAGCUAACCAAGUACUGAACGAUGCUGAGAGGAAACAAAUCACUGAUGGAGCUGUGAGGGAGUGGCUUCAGGAGCUCAAAGAUGCAAUCUACGAUGCAGAGGACUUGGUUUCUGAGAUCAACAAUGAAGCUUUGCGAUCCAAGCUGGAAGCUAAUCAAUCUAGAAGACGGAAAAUUCUGCUCAAGGUACGCAAGGUACGCAACUUCCUACCAUCUAGAUUCGAUGUUAAGAAAGUAGAAGAGAGGAUAGCGAAUAUCAUUAGCACCCUGCAAUUUAUUCUGGAACAAAAGGAUGGCCAUCGUUUGAUUGAAGGUGUCGAAACCAGACCUUUUCGAAGGAUAUCUGAAGCUACUUUGGUUAAAGAAUCUGAUAUUUAUGGGAGGGAUGAUGAUAAGGAAGCCAUCAUGAAGUUGCUGUUAUCUGAUCAUCACGUGGGUGGUGAUAAAAUAUGUGUAAUUCCCAUCGUUGGCAUGGGUGGGAUUGGCAAGACCACCCUUGCUCAGCUUGUUUACACGGGUAUUGACAACAAAAUCAUGGAGAAACCUUUUGAUGUCAAAGCGUGGAUCACAGUAUCUGAGGAAUCUGAUGUAUUUACCUUGACAAAAAUGAUUUAUCAGGCUGUUACUGAAUCAGAAAACUGCAGUAUCACAGAAACAUUUCAACUUCAAAAAAAACUAGAGCAGCUUUUGGAUGGAAAAAAAAUUCUCCUUGUCCUUGAUGAUAUAUGGAAUGUGAACUAUCAAACUUGGUGUGCAUUAAAGAUUCCAUUUGAUUCUGCUGCAAAUGGAAGUAAAAUCAUCAUGACAACACGCAAUGAAAACAUUGCAUCGAAGAUUGGUAAUGUCCCAAAGCAUGAACUGCAAACGAUAUCGGAUGAAGAUUCUUGGCAGUUAUUUUCAAAACAUGCUUUCAGUAGUGUAGAGCCAACAGCAUAUCCAGAUCUUUUGGAAGUAAUUGGUAGAAAAAUCGUAAAAAAAUGCAAAGGUCUACCUUUAGCAGUAAAGUCACUAGGUGGUCUUUUGCAUUUGGAACUAGAUCCCAAGGCUUGGGAAAACAUACUAGAGAGUGAUAUAUGGGAGUUACCUCAACAAGAGAAUAAUAUUCUUCCAGCUUUAUGGUUGAGUUAUUACUAUCUGCCUCCACGUUUAAAACGAUGUUUUGCUUAUUGCUCAAUAUUUCCUAAAGAUUAUACAAUUGAAAAGGGAAAAUUAAUUAGACUAUGGAUGGCAGAAGAUCUUUUGCAACCCCAAAGAAACAAGCCACUAGAAGAAGUUGGAAAUGAAUAUGUUAAAGAUCUAGUAUCGAGGUCAUUCUUUCAUGUUUCCUCAUUUGAUGGACUUACCAUGCAUGAUCUUCUGAAUGAUCUUGCUCAAUUUGUAUCAGGAGAAUCUUGUUUGACGUUGGAUGACAACUACUCAUGGGGCAUUAUGACAAAAAAGACUCGUCAUUUAUCACUUUUGAUGCAUCAGUCCUAUGAUAUCAAGAAACUAAGAGCUGGUUGUGAAAAUAAGGUUUUGCGCGCUUUGCUAGUAUUAGAUGCUGGUUCUAUAUCCAAAGAACAAUACGACAAAAGUUUUCCACAAUUGCAAUCAAUGCAAUACCUAAGAGUGCUUUCUAUGCCUAAAAAUUCAUUUACACAUAGGAAUCCUCUUAGUACAAAGGUUUUUGAUUCAAUGGGUGGUUUAACGCUUUUACGGUAUUUGCAUUUGUCUGGUUCUGAAAUUAAAAAAGUACCUGAUAUAAUUUGUUCAUUGUACAAUUUGCAGACACUAAUACUGCAUUUUUGUCUUGAACUUAGUCAGUUGCCAGAUACGAUUGACAAUUUGAUGCAUUUAAGGUACUUAGACUUAUCUCGUAGUGCAAUUAGAAGGAUACCUGACAGGGUAUGUAAUUUGCACGACUUGCGUACUUUAAAGUUAAAUGGUUGUAGACAGCUUACUCUUUUACCAUCCAAUAUCACAAUGCUAAGCAAUUUGCAACAUCUCGACAUUGAUGGGACAAGUUUAAGAGAGAUGCCACCACAACUCUCAAACUUGAAAAGUCUGGAAAGUUUAGGACAGUUUGCUGUAGGCAAAAACAUCGAAUCCAAUAUUAAAGAGCUAAGUAAAUUUCAAAAUCUGGGUGGUAAAUUGUGCAUUACAAAUCUUGAGAAUGUAGUAAAUGUUGAAGAUGUUUCGGAGGCCAAUUUGAAGGAUAAGAAGCUUAUUCGUGAACUGCUCUUGGAGUGGAAGGGUGAUAGUACUCAAGAUUCACAUGAAGCAUGGAAGGUACUUGAGACACUUCAACCUCACACGGCUAAUCUAGAAUAUUUGGAAAUCAGAAAUUAUAAAGGUAGAAGCUUCCCAGGUUGGAUAGGACAUCCUUCAUUCUCUUGUUUAGGUUCUGUGGAGCUAUCUAAUUGUAAAAAUUGUUGUUGGUUGCCACCUCUGGGCCAGUUACCUUCCUUGGGAUCGUUAUCGAUUAGAGGAUUUGAUAUGGUGGAGAGAAUAGGCAAUGAAUUUUUUUAUGAUGGUUUUUCUUCAGUUGACAGUAAACCAUUCAAGUCGUUAUGUAGUUUAAGUUUUUCGAAUAUGCCACGAUGGAAGGAGUGGUCAUUGAUGGGAUGUAGCAAAGAGAGUUGUGGUGGAGUUUUCUUAAAUCUCGAGGGUCUCUGGUUUUCAGAUUGUCCAGAGCUAAAUGGUGCUUGCAUACCAGAUUAUCUUCCAUCCUUGACACAUCUUUCAAUUAUUCAAAGUAGUGACGACCUGGUGGGUUCAUUAUCAAGGUGUGAAUGUCCAUCGCUUGACAAGUUGUAUUUAAGAUGUUGUCACACAAUGAAGUCGUUUCCUCAAGGGAGAUUGCCUUCCCACAUUAAAAGUAUUCAGAUAGAUGAAUGCAGUGAAUUGGUGUCAUUGUCGGAAGAGGGUUGGCCAUGCCAUUUAAACUCACUUGAUAUCAGCCAGUGUGAAAAGGUUUCGGGAGGCAAUCUGCGGAGGCUCGUUUCUCUUACUUCUCUGAAGCUACAAUGUCUGCCAAACCUCAAAUCCCUAGAUGGGAUUGGACACCUCGUCUCCCUUGGAGAAUUGUACAUUUAUUCAUGCGAUCAGCUGCAAUGCCUGGUAGAAGAAGAUGAAGGGCUGCCUACCUCUCUCACUUCUAUCAAGCUCAGUAAUCUUCCAAACCUCAAAUCGCUAAAUGCCAACGCCUUUCGAAACCUUACCUCCCUUCAAAGUUUGAUGAUUACUCGGUGCGAAAAGCUCCUGUGCUUGCCAGAAGAAAGGCUGCCACAAUCUCUUUCUGUGUUGGAUAUCAGAGGCUCUAAUUUACUAAUUCCACGGUGCCAGAAAGAGACAGGGGAAGAUUGGCCCAAGAUUGCUCAUGUCCCUCGCAUAAUAUAUACACUUGAAGAUUUAAAAGACAUACGGUGACGUGUUCUACACACAAUUGUCCAUCUCUAAAAGUUUUCAGGUAUUUUUUUUUUUUUUAAAUACUCUUUCUAAUAUACUAUUUUAUUUUUUCCCCAGUUGAACUCAAUAUAAUCACCAUUGGUUCUAAAAAUUCUCUGUAAAAUUAAAUUUUUUUUGAUAAAUGCCGUUUGACUCAUCUGAAAAGGAUUUGUUGGCAUACAUUCUCAAUUAGAUUACUCAAGUUUUCAAAAUUUUUGCUUCAGAUUGUUUAAAUUUAUUGUGAUCAUCAUCAUCCGACAUCUCUCCCCUGCUUAUCCUACAAUAUAUAAUUUUAUUUUCCAGUUCAAAAUAUUUGAACUCUCACUGCCACUGUAAAGUGUUUCUGAUAAAAACCACUGAAUAAUCUUCUCUCCUCUUUUCCUUCAAAUAAAAGUAGUUGUACUUGAUAUAAUGUUAACUUGCUGACCGUUUCUUCACUCUCUGCCUCAAGCCCAGCAGUAAUAUAUCCACUAUUAUCUCCCAGCAUUUGAUUUAUUUUUGUUGUCUUGAUAUGUUACAACUUAUGAACUCUUUUCCUCACUGUUUUAAUUAAGAUUUCAUUUCCAACUUCUCUUAAUUGUAGUUACAAUUUUGGGAGCAAACAUUUUGUUUUCCUAGAUCUUCUUGACCAUUCCAGUGUAGUCUACAUGUGACUACUUUAUCUGCUAUCAUAAAUCUCUUUGAUUGUUUCAUAGUGCUUUUGAGAUUCGAACUCUUACCCAUGAAACUGUUGAACUUUCAUUUCUUGUAAUCCAACAAUUAAAUAGUCUUCUUGCUGUGAGCAUCCCCUGCGAAACCGUUUUACUUCAGAUGUAAAAGUUUCCAAAGAUGGACUUUCUUAACUCAUUCAGGAAUUUACAUGAUGUAUGGCCAAAUUGUAAUAUCUUUAGAGCUAUUGGUUACCAAUCUCAGUCCCCUCGGGAUUUCAAUAAUACCAAGCUUUUACUUUAGCUUGAGGGCAGAUAUCAACUUACAACAUCUUUUGACCAUUCAGUCUUCAGGCUCUCAGAAGAUGGACUUUCUUAUCUUAUUCAGAAAUUUAAUUUAGUGUGUUUAAAGAAUAUGACAACAUUUUAUUUGCCUAGUGGGUUGCAAUUGUCAGACCCCUCUGACUGAUCUCAACAAGGCAAAGCUUCUAUUUAGUUAUGGGGGAGAUCUCCAACUUACAAAUUGCGCAACUUUCUUGGUUGCUGAUGCUGCAGUAGUACUAUUAGAUUCUCUAAUCUUAUUCAAUAGCUAACGGAAUUUAAACAUGCAUUCAACGUACAGCAAAUAUUCCUUUUAUUUCCUUACUAAUGUUGAUGUUCUUGCUUUCCAUGCAGUAAAAGAUUGUGUAAUUGCCUAACGUUUAAGAAUGUAUUUCAGCACCUUAUAAGCGAAAA